AUGUUACGGAACCUCGACACGGCAAGAUACCAGAUUGAUCCGAAGAUACCAAAACAAACCAAACCAUCCAUCUGUAGCCAUCUGCAAAGUGGUAACCAGACUCCAGACCAACAACGUACUACGAGACCACCAGUCACCGCAUUAAAUGUCGCUGCGGCCACGUUGCCACAAGGUCGCAUGUCCGUAUUCAAUGCACUGUACUCAAACCCGCUCAAAGCCACUUACAGAGUACCUGGAAACCAACGGCAUACCACUCACUAUACAGAAUGUUUUGGCUCCACCCAAGGACCACUGGUAUACGAUAAUGGAACUAAUCUUCCAUUUUAUAACCAAAUCUGUUUCGGAACAGAUCUUCUAGUUUUCCAACAGACAACAGAUAAUCUAACCAAACCAAACCAACGACUACCAUUCAACUACCAAUAA